GGCAAAGACUGGCACUUGGAUCACAGCAAAGACAGUGUCAUCUUGGACAUCGAUGAGGACUUCUAUGCGUGCGAGUCUGCAGCCAUUCCUCUGUACGACGCCAGAAUGACGAGCACUCAAAUAGGCGACAUAUCAGAGAAUGUAGCGACUCUUCUUUGUGCUGGCAAUGCUCGUGAGGAAAUGAUGGCUGACAAAUUCUUCCAUGACCUUCUACAGAUCCUCCUCAACGAACUCAAGCAAUGUCAACCCGACAGUGAAAGUGACGUAUGCACUGAGACACAGGUGAUGAAAAGUGCAAUCCUCAGGAAAGUCACCGAUAAACUUGAACAGGCGAAGCAUGUGAUGUGUCUUCCUUCCGAGACAACACAUUUCCUUCUUGGCCAUCUCCUUGAUGACCUUCUCGUCUUAACGGAACACCAGAUCAAGGAACUGAUAACUAUUGGUGUAUGUAUGCAACAGUCUCCUAGGACUUUCGAAUUCAACCGCAAUUAUGGUGUGAUGGUAUGUCGUGGUUAUGUCGGUCCAAACUCGACCAUGAUACCAUUUCACAGUGUUGAUAUGCAUGGUAUAGACCAAACCACCAACCAACUCCGGACCAUUCUCACUCAACCCUUCACUCCUGGCGUGGUGACUGUGGUCCGUUCUGCGAGAGAUGGCUAUACACCAAGAAAACAGGUCCACAUCAUCGAGUCUAAAGUUCUCGAUGCACUGAAGUCAGCGUUCCCCCCACCGCAUUACGAACACCAGCAUCCACUACGACCCCGAGCUGCUUGGUGGUAAAGGCGGAUGGUACCAACGAUACAGAUAAAUAAGAUGUAUCGAUAUAUGCUGCAAUAGUUUCAUGGACAUGGCAAUGACAGAACCUUUUACCAUAAUCAUUAGAAAUCCUUGACCACAGCAAAGACCAUGGUAUCUUUCCGGCCAUAUCAUAAGCAUAUGUUUAUGAAAUUAUUAAUAAAAUAAUGACAAGAAAA